UUGCUGGAACGAGUAUAUCAAGAGCCUUUCUCGAAGGUUUUAGUGUUCUAAAUUACCUGUCUUUCAGCUUGUGUCGGUGUGGUUCAACCUACGCGUAUAGUUACUGCUCUUCCAAGUCCGAGUCUAUUCAGUUUCGGUUCAAACUACACAUCAGGGUCCUGUUAGGAAUAGUGAGACUGCUGUAAUGGAUUCUAAUCCAUCAUCAUCUGCAUCCGACCCAACCCAGAGUCAAUCAAGUCGUCCAUCGAUCAAUCCACGCAAACCGAGUUCCGAAAUAUUUAUCUUUGGAGCAUCUCCCUCGCCUGCUCGAACACCUUUUAGCAGAGACAUGGCUCUUCCUUCAAUCGAACGGGACGGCGAAGCAUCAUCAAUUAUUGGCUCUCUUAGCAGCCCCGCCGUUCACUUUCGAGCCCCUUCAUUCUCCAUAAGUUUACCCCCUUCAGUGGAACAUGGAGGCACUACUACAUCGUCGCCUUCACCGAGCGCGAGAAUCCUUACACCAAAUUCCACAGGAGAUAGCCUCACUGAACGUACUCGUAAUUUGACUUUGGGGGGACCUGCUACGCCAUCGCCGUUUCCUCCUCAGGAAAACACCAUUUCUAGUCCAAGAAGGAUCCUACCAGUUUCCUCCCGGCAAUCAAGCCCUGCAUCCCCCAGCCAGCAAGCUCGUUUCACCUUCACAAGCAGCAUUGCACAUGAGAUACAAAACCUUGGGAUUGGGUCGAGUAGUUCGUCUCGCAAUUCCCCUGUCCCAAUCCCCACCCCACCUCGCCACUUACUUAGCCCACAGAGUGUGAGCCCUGACUCCACGAGGCGUCGACGGUCAGGGUCACGACGGAGAUCUAACGCCCAGGUUAACGAGGAACCUUACAGAGUCGAGGACGAACAACCUCCAGAUGCACCAUUUCAUCAUCCAGACUUCCAGCGAGGGUAUCACCAGGCAAAGAAUCUCGUCUCUGAUUUGACAUCAGUGCUGCGGCAAUCGUCGUUGCAUACCGAGCCGGCCUCUCCUUUCGCAGGUCAUUAUGAGAGGGCACAAACCUUAAGUGGUUUCGAGUGUCCCGCGAAGCGCACAGUCGGCCUCGUUGGAGUCUCAGGAGUAGGCAAGAGUAGUCUCCUGAAUGCAUUGUUGGAUGUGAACGGUCUGGCUAAGACUGGCGGCAGUGGUGCGUGCACAUGCGUGGUUACCGAGUUCCACUACCACAAUAGAAAUGACUUCGUUGCAGUAGUAGACUAUUUCAACGAGGCUGAGAUUACGGACCAUUUCCGCGAACUGUUGAAUGGUUAUCGGCGAUAUUAUCUCCACCGCGAUGAAGAUUCUAAGGACGACGCUGUACUUGCACGAGACACCUUCCUGGCUGCCUUUGAGCCGCAUCUCAGGCAAAGUGAAGCAUUACUUUUGGAAGUUGAUAUGGAGACAGCGCUGAACACUCUCCUUCUCUGGGCUAAAAAGUUGGAUACGCCCUUGCGUGAUGGAGACAUCAAUGCCCGCAGGAGAUAUGAAUCUCCUACUCCUAAAGAAUGCUCCAUGCAAUUGAAGAAGUUUAUUUCGAGCUCUAACCCCGAUCGGGGAGUAGUGUGGCCAUUCAUUCGCAAGAUUAGCAUCUAUUUGAAAGCAUACAUACUGAGUCAAGGUCUCGUCUUAGCUGAUCUUCCCGGACUAAAAGACACCAACUCCGCUCGAGUGAAGAUCACUGAGACUUACGUGCGGAGUUGCGAUGAGAUCUUCGCCAUUUGCGAAAUUCGUCGUGCUGUGUCGGAUCAGGGUGUGCAGGAUGUACUCCAGCUUGCCAAAAGAGCUAACGUAAGGAAUACCGGGAUCAUUUGUACUCAAUCCGAGGUCAUUUAUGAGGAUGAGGCGGCAUGCGACUUGCGUGGUGGAGAUGCAGCGACUCUCAAAAGGCUGAUGGAAGAGCGUCACGAGGUUGCUAAUCAAAUCGGAGAUAUUAAACAGGACCUCAAAGAUAUUGAAGGCAAGCCCAAUGGAAUAUCCGUUGGAGACGUGCCAGAAUUGAAUCAGCUCAACACCGAGAAGAAAUCCCUGGAGGCAGAAAAGGAGCGUCUCGAGUUGAAACUUAAAUCGCAUCUCAUGGUAACCCGAAACCUCGACGUCAAGGGAAAGCUGGCUACACAACAGCAUGAAGAGUUUCCUAGCAUCGAGCAAAAAGUCUUUUGUGUAAGCAGCAAGGACUACUGGACGUAUCGCGGAAAAUCGCGCGAAAAGGCCCAGCCAUAUAUGGACUUAAGCGGCAUCCCCAUGGUCAGGAGGCAUUGCAUCUCCAUUGUUGCGCAAAGCCAGCUACGUGCAGCAAAAGAGUUCAUGGAAAAAGAGAUUCCAGUAUUACUGGGUUCAAUCAAGAUAUGGGUUCAAUCCGGUACGCAAAAAAUCGGCGCUGAAAGAAGAGCAACCAUUCGGAACAUGCUCGAUGAAGUCGACAGGGAACUCCAAGAAAAGCUCUCAAUGCCAGGCUCUAGCUUGAGAAAAACCUCGCAGUUGAUGAAGCAGGAAUUCAAGGAACAUAUAUCCGAAAUCAUGAGAAAUCAAAGCCCGCUAUGGAGCAGCGCUGCUGGGAAAGCGAGUAUGGACUGGAACGGAUGGCAUUUCAGUACCUAUACAGCCUUUUGCCGAAAUUACGGAGACCAUUCUACCGGAGCUGUCCCUUAUCGUCGAUGUUGGAAUGAUGAGGCGAUGGCAGUAAUGGUGGCGCGUAUGGACAGUCCAUGGGAUAUGCUGCGCCAACGUCUCACAUCGCUGAAUAAUCAGAGUGGUGAACUGAUUAGAGAGGCGAUGGAUGGUGUAAUUCAGUCGCUAUCUACCAAUGCAGAUAUCCCAUCCGAAACAGUUGAAACGUUGAUUGUCACGCUUCAACAUCGACAUAACCUUCUUCUUGAUGAAGUAGAUCAGACCCACGAAUUAUUCGAAGAGAAGCUUCGUCAUAUCGAAACGGCGACUUUCACUGGAAUACGUACCUCCAUCAUUGGUGAGCUGAUGAAAGAGUCAUACGAAAAGUGUAAAAACGAACUUGGAACGGGUAGCGACGCAAGGCGGAAGCAUAUCAUUAACACCCGCUUUGGUGAUCAUGCAUGUGGUCUUUUCAUGGAGCUCCACAGGUGCUGCAGGGAUAAGUUUUCCCAGUGGGCAGAAGAACUUGAGAACAGAGUUCAAGAGGUCAUUAUUUCACAUUUGGAGGCAGUGCAGACUGUCCUGAGUAUGUUGAGAGAUGGACAUGCAGCGUUGGAAGGAGACAGAGAUCCCGAGUUUCGGGGACGUGUCGAUGAUGAGGUCGAACGGAUUAGGCGGGAGAUGGAACGAAUUAACGAGCAGCUGAAUGCAUUUUUAGUUAUCUAACGAGUCCGGAUGCCUACGGUAACAUGGUCGCUGGAACCGUUAGUAGAUUUCUUCGGAUUUAGAGUAGGGAGGAAAUCCUGACCAUGAAACUUUGCUGAUAGACUUCUUUAUAGACUUCUUCAAAAGUUUGGGCUGAAGAAGUCUACCCCUACCGCCGGUUAAUUGCUAUAGAAUUCAUACAGACGGUUUGCACCGUUGGCUUUUAC